UGUGACAGUGUGGCGAUCUGUCACCACUGGAUUCUCAACUAGGCAGGUUGAGGGGCUCCAGGGUAAGUGUUUGAUAUGGAGGAAAGUGGCUUUUUCAGCACCUUCCCUCCUUUGUUUGUAAGGUCUGUUGUUUUGGGAUCUGGAGCCUGGAGAUUUCAAAGAGAUCUGGGAGGGAUGAAAUCUCCAAUCCUGGGACCAGGUUUUGGGAUAGGCCAGGAGACUGAUUGCACAGGUGUGUGCAGGCCUUUUAGAGAGAGUCCAGGACCAGGGUUCUGGGCUCCACCCCGGCAGAUAGGAGUCAGGUGGGCUUCGCCUAGGAGAGAGAGAGUCAGGACCAGGGUUCUGGGCUCCACCCCGGCAGAUAGGAGUCAGGUGGGCUUCGCCUAG